CGCUUCCCCUCCUGUUGUUCUACAGACUCAGCAGACUUGGAUCAAGUACAACCGCUAGACAAGUACAUUAACCCGGUGAAACACUACUGUGGUUAUUCUUUGACUGCUAAUGUCAAAACAGCUGAAGGGAAAUAUGGAAUGCACGGUCGCCGAACUCGCUUAAUAAAUACGCUUGUUUAAUGUAGCCUCGCUCGCCCUGCCCGUAUUUUUGUGGAAGAAGAGCGACGUGGUGACGGUUGAACAGUUGAAUUUUACCUGGAGUACAUUUUCUAAUGUGCAUUUAGUGUAUGCCGAGUUGACAACUGGAUUCUACCAUUCUCACACGUCUUACCUUUUUCAUUCUCAAGCCCUUGUGCGCUCUCCGCUGAGAGUAAAACAUGCCGACCAACAAAUCAGUGUCCGACGCUCCCAUCACUCAGUUCAUCAACUGCAGAAUACUGAGAGACCACCGGCUGCAGAGAGAGGACCUGUGGGUGCGUGAAGGGAGGAUUUUAGAUCCGGAGAAGCUGUUCUUUGAUGAGCAUGGUUACGCCGACAAACAUGUGGACUGUGAAGGCAGCAUCAUCGCCCCGGGCUUUAUAGACGUUCAGAUAAAUGGAGGAUACGGCAUCGACUUCUCUCAGGCCUCGGAGGACGUCGGCAGUGGAGUUUCUUUUGUGGCCAAAAAGAUCCUGGAGCACGGCGUGACGUCCUUCUGUCCCACUCUGGUCACCUCCCCUCCUUCUGUCUACCACAAGGUUCUGCCUCAGGUGAAAGUUCACAACGGAGGAGCGCACGGUGCUGGAGUUCUUGGUUUCCAUCUGGAGGGCCCGUUCAUAAGUGUGGAGAAGAAAGGAGCUCACCCGGAGCAGUUUCUUCGUACCUUCCAGACCGGAGGGAUCGAGGACCUGAUGGAGGCCUACGGCAGCCUGGACAACGUGGCCAUAGUGACGCUGGCUCCUGAGCUGUCCAGGAGCCAAUCAGUGGUGGAGGUGCUCUGCCAGAGGGGCAUCACUGUGUCCUUAGGUCACUCUGUCUCCAACCUGGCCCAGGCGGAGGAGGCUGUUAAGCACGGAGCCUCCUUCAUCACUCACCUUUUUAACGCCAUGAUGCCCUUCCACCAUCGGGACCCUGGUAUAGUGGGUCUGCUGACCAGCGAUCAGAUUCCUGCAGGCAGGACAGUCUACUAUGGCAUGAUAGCUGAUGGGAUCCACACCAACCCCGCUGCCCUACGUAUCGCUCACAGAGCUCACCCUUCAGGUCUGGUGUUGGUAACAGAUGCGAUCACAGCGAUGGGUCUUCCUCCCGGUCGUCACACUCUGGGCCAGCAGGUCAUUGAGAUCCAGGGUCUCCACGCUUACGUGGCAGGCACCACGACCCUCUGCGGCAGCAUAGCCACGAUGGAUAUGUGCAUAAGGCACUUUAAACAUGCUUCAGGCUGCAGUGUAGAGGAAGCUCUGGAAGCUGCCUCGCUGCAUCCUGCUCAACUUCUGGGUAUCAGCAACAAGAAGGGAAACCUGGACUACGGUUCAGACGCAGACCUGGUUUUGCUCGACGACGCCCUCAACGUCAGAGCCACCUACAUUUCCGGAGAGGAGGUUUGGAGAAAAGGACCAUAGAAGAAGAAGAAGAAGAAGAAGAAGAAGCCUUAACCAGACCGCUGGGAACUUUGGUGCCUUCAGGAGACUCGGUUUACCACAGAAACACAAAUCUGUUGAAUGUUUUAAUUCAUCAGAACAGGCAGUGAUCUUUAUCUCCAGUUGCUCUACAUCCCCUUUUCUCCAUUCGUCAGUUAAGAGUUUGUUUAGUCAGUCGUCUGUCAGUCAGUCAAACACUUUGGUCCAGGGAAAACAAAACAAAACUACAAUCCGGGUUACUGUUGAAAUGUUGUACAGGACUUCAUGGUCCUCGGAUGAUGAUCUCUAUUGACCUUGGGUUUCGUCCCGCCACUAUGUGAAACACUUUAGUUCAUGACGCCUCUAAAAUACUGUACAACUCCCAUCAGCCUCAGCUGCACUUUCUCAUAAAUUCAAUUUAUGUUCCGCUUAGAUAGGAAGUCCAACUCAGACUGAUGAAAGCUGGUUUACUGCUGAGCCUGACAAGCGGAGCCACAUUUGGACAGGGUUAAUAUUACAGCAGCAGGCGGGUAAUUAAAUAUUUAUCACCCGACUUCCAUCGUAAUAAAAGUUUCAGCAUUUUAGCCACUGGCAGAUGACUGGAGCUGGUUCCGUGACAUGCUGCCUAGCAUUGAUUGUUAUGUACUGGUAAUUAUUUAGCAGCAAUUUAAUUAUCAGCUCUGACAGCUGCAAACUACUUACAGUAAGAAAGAGACCGCUGCUACUACGCAUCACAAUAGGUCGGCUGUAGACCAGGAAAGACAGAAUCCCAAGGGCACAUUUACUGAACUGGUCUUGUUCUUGGAAACUUUUUCCUUCAUUGCCUGAGUGAUCGAUCCUUAAAUAACUCAGUAGCAGUAAACAGCUCCACAGUAUGUGUAAAAACUCAGAUAUACAUUUAAAAUGUAAAGCUUCUCAGGAAAAUCAGAAGGUAGUUGGGGCUGUAAACGUCCAAAUGUGGCUCUAGAUGUCCUAAAAAGGCCACCGUACAGAGGAUAAACCUCUUUUAGAUGUAGAUUAAGAACUCAACCUUCCCUCUAACUUUUCUUUUCUCGUUCUGUCCAGAAAUGUUGUUUUCUUCAGUGUAACGGGCAUUAUGGCCUCACAGGACUGCAGGUUUGGCUACAGAUUUGUAGUCUUGUUGGACCGAGGGACACGCAGCAUCUUUGAAUCAAAUAUCAUCCAAUUCUGAAUCCGGCUCAUCGUGUUAAUGUUCAACGUUGUGAAUGUCUUUAUGUGCAUAGACGACGUGACAGUUUCAGGAUGUACGAAUGAUUAUGCACUUACUGUGAGAGACAAGGUUGUCCUGCAUCCAGAGGCUUUACACUUUAUUUUAAUCACGUUACAUAGUUUUGGUAUUAAUUUGGAAAAAUCAACUUUCAGUGAAUGUUACUGUAGCAUGACUGUUCUUCUUCAAAGCAAUAAUAUUUGUUAUAUUAUGUGUUGUUGGUGUGGAUUUCUGUUCUUGUACUGCAGUAAAGUAGGACUACCUACACGGUAUACAUACAGACACACACAACCACCAGUCAAAAAAAUAUGAUAUAUGAUAUAUACAAUUGUACAACUAAAGCUUCUGACGGUGCAAUAACAGGCUGUUCCAAGGUGUUUACUGUAGAAUUGUGUUUCAAGGCUUCAUUUCCUUCCACUGCCGCCAACGAAGGUAAAGACCAAAGUUUAGUUGGGCAAUACUGAGAAAUAAUGUAAAUUUCAGACAUUUGCAAUUUUCAGGGAUAAUCAAAUAAAGUCAAAUGAACUUGGGUUAA